UUUAUAUUACCCGAGCACACGCAUGCAGGCUACCUAUUCUCCUCCUUCCUUUCUUCCAGCGACAUAUAUCGGAUCACUUCAUGUGGCCAUUCGAGGACUCUGUACCGGAGAUCACAGCUCAGGAUGCAGCGAAGAGGCAAGAAUACGACUACAUUAUCGUUGGAGGUGGUACUGCUGGCUGUUGCCUAGCAUCGCGCUUGAGCGAGGAUCCAUCCGUCACAGUACUCGUAAUCGAACUUGGCAAUGUUGCCGACUCCUGGGCCUCCAAAGUCCCUGCCAUCUCUGCACACCCUCACAGGAGUGGUUCGCAAGCCGUCCGCUGGAAGGCCUUGCCAUUGUCAAACGUUGACUCUAGGGUGCUCGAAGUCGUACGUGGCGAGGCUCUAGGAGGGACCUCCCGUGUGAACGCGAUGGUUUAUACUCGCGGCACACCGGGUGACUAUAAUCGCUGGAAGGAAAUGGGCCAUCCAAGUUGGGGUUACGAUCAGCUUGAACCUUACUUUGUCAAAUCAGAGAAGACUCUAAGUCAACCUCCCUCGAGCUUCCGUGGCCAUGAAGGUCCAUGGGAAAAUCGAACAUUCAAGGAGUUACCCUAUCGAAUCCUCCACCACGUCGCAAGUGCUACAAGCAGUCUUGGGAUUCCUGGUGUCCCCGAUAUCAACUCGCCACACGCCCCAGCACUCGGAUAUGCCACAAUGGACAUCGCCACUGACCAUAAGAUGCACCGUGCCUCAACCUAUCGGGCCUUCCUCCCGCCAUCAUUGACGCAAGAGCGGAAGUCACGACUAUUCAUCUGCCCCAAUUCUCAAGCAACUCUCAUACAAUUCUCCAAUUCAACUUCUGGGAGGCCCAAGGCGGAAGGCAUUCGUUUCCAGGACGUUAAAUCUCAUUCCCAAAACUACUUUGUCAAGGCUAGAAGAGAAGUCGUUCUUUGUUGCGGAGCCCUUGGUUCUCCUCACCUUUUACAACUGAGCGGGGUUGGACCCAAGGCGCAUUUGGUCUCCAAGGGAAUAAAAGUGGUACGGGAUAUACCAGGCGUCGGCACUAAUCUGAAAGAUCAUGUUGGAGUAGGCGUCAUGUAUGAGGUUCCUCUCAACGAGUCUCUACAUCUCCUCGAAAGGAGCACCUGGGCUGCCGCCAAAGAACUCCUUAAAUAUGUCAUGACUGGUGGCGGCACCUUCUCGUUACCUUUCAUGCAGACAUCCCUUUUCGUUCCCUCCCAGCUUCUCGAUGAAAACUCUUCCGUGAUCCACACCGACAAGACGAAACUGGAUUCAUCCGUGUCGGCAAAUGUUCCAGAUAUUGAAAUUAUGCCCGUUGCCUAUCGUUGCUCUCUAGACAACACCGUCACCGUCAAAGAAGGGAUGUUCUCCUUCCUAAUAGCCCAUCUCAGGCCCAAAUCCUCCGGCAGUGUUCGUUUGGCAUCAGCAAACCCGCUCGAUCGUCCCGCAGUCGAUCUCGGCUACUUUUCAAACCCGGAUGACUACGUGGCUAUGAGGAAAGCCGUCCGCCUCUCGUUACGCCUCGGAGAACAGAUUCGAAGCCAGGGUUAUCCUCUCAAGGACCUUCAAGUCCCCGAAACAGAAAACGAUGCUGACAUCGACCGCUUCAUUCGUAAAUAUCUAGGAACUUGCUAUCACUAUACUUCCACUUGCCGUAUGGGAGCUGAAGAUGAAGUUGACCGUCCCGGAGUUGUCGAUGAUGAGUUGAAGGUACAUGGAAUAGAUGCACUACGAGUCUGUGAUGCCUCAAUUUUCCCUGAAAUCAUCGCCACACACACUAUGGCUCCUACAGUGGUCGUAGCGGAGAAAUGUGCCGAUAUGAUGAAGGCUGCCGCUGCUGCUGAAAAGCAGUCUGAAUAG